GGAGAGUUCCUCAACAUGCAGUCGCAGCAGUGCCAGAAGUGUGCUGCAGGAACCUACUCUCUGGGCACCGGCGUGGCCUUUGAUGAGUGGGACAGCCUGCCAACAGGUUUUGUCACCCAUGGCGUAAACACUAAUGGGGGCCACGUCCACACAGACUGCUCCAACUCCACCUGGACACCGAAGGGUGAUUAUAUAGCUUCAAAUACAGAUGAGUGCACUGCUACACUGUCCUACGCUGUGAACCUGAAGGAAGCUGGAACUGUCUCCUUUGAAUAUUCUUACCCUGAUUACAGCAUCUAUUUUGAGUUUUAUGUACAGAAUGACCAGUGCCAAUCUACUGACUCUGAUAACCGGGGGAUGAAGAUCUCUCAGAACAAUUGGAGCCAACACAGGGUUCAGUUGAAGAGUGGCACCAAUGUGCUGUAUUGGAGAACUGUAACAUAUGCUCUGCAGGACAGCACUGUCAAGCCUGUGCUGUUAAGAAACAUUGCCAUCUCAGGGGUGGCCUACACAUCAGAGUGUUUCCAUUGUAAGCCUGGCACCUAUGGUGCAGAUCCAGGAUCUGCCCACUGUGCCCCCUGCCCUGCUGAUUCCUAUUCCAACAAGGGCGCCACUGUUUGCCAUCAGUGUGAUUCAGACAAAUUUUCAGAGGCCGGUUCAGGGAGCUGCAAAGCGAGACCUCCAUGUAAAGACAGUGACUACUUCUACACCCACACGCCAUGUAACGCUGAGGGAAAGACCCAACUCAUGUACAAGUGGAUUGAGCCCAAGAUCUGCAGCGAGACUGUUGAAGGAGCAGUAAAGCUGCCAGCAUCAGGAGAGAAGCAAACCUGUCCACCAUGUAACCCAGGAUUUUUUGUCACCAACUCCUCCGCCUGUGAACCCUGCACCAAUGGUUUCUACUCCAAUGGGACAGCUUGUGCCAAGUGCCCUGCUGGCACAGAACCAGUGGUGGGUUUUGAGUAUAAAUGGUGGAACACGAUGCCGAGCAACAUGAAGAGCUCUAUCUAUCGCAGAGAGUUCAGCGACUCCGACCACAACACAGCAUGGGAGGUGGCUGGAGAGUACGUCUACACCACCCCUGGGGAUCAGGACACAGACUAUCAGAUGCUCACACUCACUGUCCCUGGAUACAGGCCGCCUCAGUCCAUGGCAAAAGACAGUGAAAGGAGUGAAAAAUCUCGCAUCACCUUCGUCUUUGAGACAAAGUGUUCAGCUGACUGCAAAUUAUUCUUCCUGGCGGGUUAUAAUCAGUGGAAUAAUGAAGUGGUGGAGCAGUGGAAAGGCACCAACAGGAAACAGUCCUACUCCUACCUGAUUCAGAGCAACAGCACCGUCAGCUUCACCUGGACAUUUCAACGAACUGAAGAAUUUGCUAUGGAGAGGAAGUACAGCACAGAUGCUGCAAAAAUCUAUUCCAUCCACAUCACCAAUGUGAUCGGAGGUGUGGCCUCUCAGUGUCGCCACUGUGCCAUGAGGUCUGCCGCAGCCAGCUCCGCUUGUGUCGCCUGUCCACUGGGACACUACAUGGUUGGGGGGACUGGAGUGUGUAAGAGCUGCCCGCCAAACACCUUCAUCAGAGCUGAGCUGCCUGUUGGAGAGGACGCCUGUGUUCAGUGUGGCCCAAACACAAAGAGAAACAAGGCCCGCACAGCUUGUCUCAGUGACUGUACAUUGGACAUGCACACGAGCGGCGGAGCCCUGCUGCACUAUGACUUCUCUCUUCUGACCAAUGUCACCGGCUUCCACAGCAGCCCCAGGUUCACCAACAAAGGCCUGCGAUAUUUCCAUCGCUUUAAUGUGGGUCUGUGUGGGAAAGAGGGCCGGGCACUGGCCACCUGUGUGGACAAUGUGACAGAGAGCCAGAGACAGGUCAAAGGUUAUGUCUGCCAGUCCACUGUGGUUCCCUCUGACAUCAGGAGUGAGAGUGUGGUGUCGUCACAGCCUUUCCUUAUUGGUGACCAACUCAUUGGUAUAACCACUGACAUGACCCUGAACGGCAUCUCCUCUCCAAAAUGGCUGUUCCCUGCUGCAUCCGGCCUGCCAGAUGUCAUAUUUUAUUACAAGUCUAGAGAGGCAACUCAGGCUUGUAAACGAGGCAGGUCAGCCACCAUCAGACUGAGAUGUGAUCCCACAGUGAAUGUCAAAGACCACAUCACACUACCGAGUAACUGCUCAGAGGGGACGUGUGAUGGAUGUACUUUCCACUUUCUGUGGCAGAGCCAGCAUGCAUGUCCACUCUGUACCAAAAACCACUACAGGGAGAUUGUCAGUGCUUGUGUCCAGGGAAUACAGAGAACCACCUACGUGUGGCAGCAGCCGUUGCAGUGUUACGGAGGAGAGUCCCUACCAGCUCAAAAAGUCAGUGCUUGUGUGACUCUGGAUUUCUGGCUCAAGUUUGGUGUUUCCACGGGAGUGAUUGCUGCUGUGCUGCUCAUCAGUAUCAGCUGCUAUUUCUGGAAGAAGACACGCAAGUUGCAGUAUAAAUACUCCAAGCUAAUGAUGACCUCUGGGGGUAAAGAGUGUGAACUGCCCGGAGCAGACAGCUGUGCAAUAAUGGAGGGAGAGGACGCAGAGGACGACCUCAUGGACCUCACGAAGAAAUCCUUCUUCACCAAAAUUAAGUCCUUCUCACGUGAGAGAACAUCGGAUGGAUUUGACUCAGUUCCACUUAAGUCGUCAUCUUCACGCCGGCUAAUGGAGGACGACGACUCCUAUGAUGCUGAAAUCUGAAGAUGAACAGAUCGUCCUAUCAGAGUGAAGAGGAAGUGUUGACAUAG